UUUGGACAUUGGGCUAGACAACUGUAUUCGUCGAUUGUUUCAAAAUGACUUUUGUCUGGGUACUUGCAAGUGUUUUGGUGUCAGCAACUUUGUCAGUUGCUCAGGACGGAUCCAAAUAUUUCAUCACAGCACCAAAUAUAUUUCGUGUUGGUGUGGAACAAACUGUGUCUGUCACCGUCUUCAAUGCUGAUCAGGUCAACGUUGAGUUGUAUUUACAAGACUAUCCUGAUAGGAAGAAGACAUUCUCUCAGACGGAAGGUGUUUUCAGUAAUGGUAAACACAUUGCAUUCAGUUAUUUUAUUCCCCAAAUCACUGUAUUUUGUCUAUUAGUACAGGCUGUGUAUGAGGUGUGUAUGAGACAUCAUAUUGCUAAG